GCCACGGCCGGAAGCGCCGCCGCGCGAGCGCAGCCUGCAGCUCCGGGGGCGCUCCGUGCCGGUGCCGGCCAUGAGCAAGCGCAAAGCUCCCCAGGAGAGCCCCAACGAGGGCAUCACCGACUUCCUCACCGAACUGGCCAACUACGAGCGCAACGUGAACCGGGCCAUCCACAAGUACAAUGCGUACAGGAAAGCGGCCUCGGUCAUUUCUCGGUAUCCGAGCAAGAUACAGAGCGGGGCCGAAGCCAAGAAGCUGGAUGGAGUGGGUGCUAAAAUAGCUGAAAAGAUAGAUGAGUUCUUAUCCACUGGAAAACUACGUAAAUUGGAAAAGAUUCGACAAGAUGAUACAAGUGCUUCUAUCAACUUCCUGACACGAGUCACUGGCAUUGGUCCUGCUGCUGCUAGGAAGUUUGUCGAGGAAGGAAUUAAGACUUUAGAAGAUCUAAGAAAAAUUGAGCACAAGCUGACCCAUCACCAGCGAAUUGGGUUGAAAUACUUUGAAGAUUUUGAGAAAAGAAUCCCAAGGGAAGAAAUGCUGCAAAUGCAGGAAAUUGUGCUCAAAGAGAUAAAGAAACUGGACCCAAACUAUAUUGCUACAGUCUGUGGCAGUUUUAGGCGAGGUGCAGAGUCAAGUGGCGAUAUGGAUGUUCUCCUAACCCAUCCUAGUUUCACAUCCGAAUCAUCCAAACAGUCAAAACUUUUGCAUCAGGUUGUAGAACAGCUGGAAAAAGUCCACUUUGUCACAGAUAUGCUGUCUAAAGGUGACACAAAAUUCAUGGGUGUCUGUCAGCUGCCAGAUAAAGAAGAUGGAACAGCUUAUCCACAUCGCAGAAUUGAUAUCCGGCUUAUCCCAAAAGAUCAGUAUUACUGUGGUGUACUGUAUUUCACAGGAAGUGAUAUAUUCAAUAAGAACAUGAGAACUCAUGCUCUGGAAAUGGGCUUCACAAUCAAUGAAUAUACAAUACGCCGCUUGGGUGUUACUGGGGUUGCUGGAGAGGCCCUGCCAGUAGAAUGUGAAAAAGACAUCUUUGACUAUAUCCAGUGGAAAUACCGAGAGCCAAAGGAUCGGAGUGAAUAACUAACUGCUUGUCUAGGUUUAUAGCCUACAGAAAUACUUUCAUGGCUACUGAAAUCUAAAGCAAGUCCAUGGCACUUGAACAGAAUGUGUCGUGAAGAUAAAUCCUGUGCGAUUUCAUUUUCAUAUAGUCACAGAAUAAUUUGGGUUGGUAGGGACCCCUAAAUGUCAUGUCUUCCAGUCCCCCUGCCAUGAGCAGGGCCAUCUUUGACUUGAGAAGAUUGCUUAGAGCUCAGUCCAAUCUGACCUUAAAUGUUUCCAGGGAUGGGGCAUCCAGCAUCUCUCUUUGUAUCUUAUAUAUAUGUAGAUACCAAAAUGAAAAAGCGGGCUAUAUCGUGAAGUACUCCUGAAGAGUACCGUUUUCCACUAGUCUCUGUGUCUCGUCAUACCUGUGUUAAGUGUCUUGGUGCAGUGCUGAAGCUCAUGACAAGUUGCUCCUGUGUACUGACCUUCUAAAACCUUUCAAUAUGGGCUAUUUGCUAAGGUGGCCAUUCUCCUGUUGCAUGUGAACUGUGAAUUUUGUUACUAGAUAUGUUGUAGUACUAUUAAUUGCAGUGCUCUGUGUUUCGUUCAGUUUGGUCUGAUUAAUUGAUGCAUUGGUACUGCUCCUGUAGAUUCAAUCUGCCUAUUUUUAUAUGGAAAUCUGUCAAAUCUCAUUUUACAGCUCCCCUUUAAUUGUUGGGAAAGGUUAUGAGUAUUUUGGAUGUGAGACAAAGUCUCUUCAAGAAUGCAUUACUAAUUGUAUUUGGGACAGGGAUUCUGUUGAUUAACUUAAAAUUUUCAAAGUAGUAAACUACUAGCUUCCAUGUGUUACAGAGCAUGAGCAUGGAAUGUAUUGGUGCUACUAUAUUUGAAUACUAUUUCUUAUUUUCAUCUUGCUUAAGCCUACAGAACAACUACAUUUUCAACUUGUUCUUAUACAAGGAGAGUUGAUCAAUCUUAGUAAUGGAGAUUACAAGGUGAUGCUCUUAUUUACCCAUUUAUUUUCUUCCAUUUUUCUUGUUAGGAGUUUUAAUUAUUUUCUGGGAAUGUUCCCCAUUGCUAAUGCAUGCAGUAGUAUGUAAGAAAACUAGAAGUUAACUUGGUACUAUGUGAAGUAUUUUGAUGUCCCAUUGUAAAAAUAUAUAUACCUGAUAUAUUUAGUAUUUUCUUCAGUAAUCAGUAGGAAUAAACAAAUUGAAUAUUUCAUCA